AGUUUAGGGGCAGCAGGCCCCAACCGAAGCAGAGGAAGGGCCCACGUCUGGGCCCAGGGGACUGACUGGCUGCCUUGCGUGCAUGGGGCAUGGGAAGCAUAGGCUCCCGGAACAGGACCCUGCCCCAGUUUCCUCAGUGAGGGAAGGACACCGUUCCCCGUGGGACAGAGCACUGCACCCUUUCUUGAUUCUCAUUGUUCCCGGGAGCGUGCGCCUUGGCUGCGCUGGGCAUACCCACCCUGGCGCCAUUCACAGGCAGUGCCUGCCCUGGCCCUGUGCUCACCCCAUCAGGCCUCCUCUUCCGCCUCUCUGGCACCCACGGCGCCCCUGCUUGCCUCUGUCCGGGUCUCGGAGGCGCGAACACCAUCCCAAGCCGGCGACCGCGCGGCAUCACCCCCGCCCUUCCCCCUCCUCCACCCCGCCCUUUCUACCCCUCCCGGGAGCUCCUGGGAGUCGGGCCGCCGUGUGCGCAAGCGUGUCCAGCCCCUUCCCCGCCCCCAACCCGGGCCCGGGUCCCCGCCUCCCCUGCAGGCGGACUCGCCCGCUCCCAGGCCGGACCCGCGCCCGGGACAGGGACCGGGCCGAGUCGAGCCGUCGCGCCAGCGCUGCGCCGCCGGUCGGUGCGCCUAGCGGAUCGGAGCUGCGUGCGGAACCGUGCUGCCCCGCCCCGCUCCACCCGUGAGGGUGGCCCGAGGCAGCCGGGAUGACAGCUCUCCCCAGGAAUCCUGCUGCCUGCUGAGAAACAUGGUCAGCAAGUCCCGCUGGAAGCUCCUGGCCAUGUUGGCUCUGGUCCUGGUCGUCAUGGUGUGGUAUUCCAUCUCCCGGGAAGACAGGUACAUCGAGCUUUUUUAUUUUCCCAUCCCAGAGAAGAAGGAGCCGUGCCUCCAGGGUGAGGCAGAGAGCAAGGCCUCUAAGCUCUUUGGCAACUACUCCCGGGAUCAGCCCAUCUUCCUGCGGCUUGAGGAUUAUUUCUGGGUCAAGACGCCAUCUGCUUACGAGCUGCCCUAUGGGACCAAGGGGAGUGAGGAUCUGCUCCUCCGGGUGCUAGCCAUCACCAGCUCCUCCAUCCCCAAGAAUAUCCAGAGCCUCAGGUGCCGCCGCUGUGUGGUCGUGGGGAACGGGCACCGGCUGCGGAACAGCUCGCUGGGAGAUGCCAUCAACAAGUACGAUGUGGUCAUCAGAUUGAACAAUGCCCCAGUGGCUGGCUAUGAGGGUGACGUGGGCUCCAAGACCACCAUGCGUCUCUUCUACCCUGAAUCUGCCCACUUCGACCCCAAAGUAGAAAACAACCCAGACACACUCCUCGUCCUGGUAGCUUUCAAGGCAAUGGACUUCCACUGGAUUGAGACCAUCCUGAGUGAUAAGAAGCGGGUGCGAAAGGGUUUCUGGAAACAGCCUCCCCUCAUCUGGGAUGUCAACCCUAAACAGAUUCGGAUUCUCAACCCCUUCUUCAUGGAGAUUGCAGCUGACAAACUGCUGAGCCUGCCAAUGCAACAGCCACGGAAGAUUAAGCAGAAGCCCACCACGGGCCUGUUGGCCAUCACCCUGGCCCUCCACCUCUGUGACUUGGUGCACAUUGCCGGCUUUGGCUACCCAGACGCCUACAACAAGAAGCAGACCAUUCACUACUAUGAGCAGAUCACGCUCAAGUCCAUGGCGGGGUCAGGCCAUAAUGUCUCCCAAGAGGCCCUGGCCAUUAAGCGGAUGCUGGAGAUGGGAGCUGUCAAGAACCUCACGUCCUUCUGACCUGGGCAAGAGCUGUAGCCUGUCGGUUGCCUACUCUGCUGUCUGGGUGACCCCCAUCCGUGGCUGUGGGGGUGGCUGGUGCCAGUAUGACCCACUUGGACUCACCCCCUCUUGGGGAGGGAGUUCUGGGCCUGGCCAGGUCUGAGAUGAGGCCAUGCCCCUGGCUGCUCUUAUGGAGCCGAGAUCCAGUCAGGGUGGGGGCGCUGGAGCCGUGGGAGCCCGGCCAGGGCAGGGGGCUCGUUGCUGUGGCACCCCCUCUCUGCCAGCACCAAGAGAUUAUUUAAUGGGCUAUUUAAUUAAGGGGUAGGAAGGUGCUGUGGGCUGGUCCCACACAUCCAGGAAAGAGGCCAGUAGAGAAUUCUGCCCACUUUUUAUAAAAACUUACAGCGAUGGCCCCACCAAGGCCUAGACACGGCACUGGCCUCCCAGGAGGGCAGGGGCAUUGGGAAUGGGUGGGUGCCCUCCAGAGAGGGGCUGCUACCUCCCAGCAGGCAUGGGAAGAGCACUGGUGUGGGGGUUCCACCGAGAAGGGGACCUCAUCUAGAAAAGAGGUUACAAACCUACCAUUAAACUAUUUUUCCUAAAACGGAA